AUGGUUCAGGACAGCUCUUCUAUCGCCAGUGUCCCGCCGGGUUUUAGCAAGUUGGAUGGUACUCCAGAAGUGGGAACCUGCAGAAAUGAACUUGAAACUACAGAUGAUGUGACUUCUAUUAGAAACCAAGAAGUCAAUGCAAAUGAUGUGAUCCCCAUUAGAAAACCAGAAGUAUUGUUGCAUGAGGCUUUGGAGGAGGGAGAGUUCACGCCUGUGGUAACAAAGAAAGCAAAGAAGCUUCAAAAAAGAUCCUUGGGUCUCCAGCUCGUUACUACUAAUAAUCGGGGAUUGCAAGCCCCCAACAUGUGGUUUCUUUGUCAUGAAGCUCUCAGGGUACAGGUGAUCUCGGCCUCAGACCAACAGAUUUCAGUAUCUUGUAGCUUUGAGGGGGUUUCUUGUACACUAACGGCGGUGUACGCCAAAACUACGAUUGCCGGUAGACGUCAUCUCUGGCAAGAAUUAAAUCAAAUUCAUUCCCAGCAUGGCCAGGGGCCCCGGUUGGUGUUUGGAGACUUUAACUGCAUCUUGGGUGCGCAUGAAAAGCGUGGAGGAGCUCUGCCAAAUGGAACUUCAUGCCUUGAGUUUAGUCAGAUGUGCUCUGAUUGUGAGCUUUUGGAUAUCCCCACAAAAGGCCUAGCUUACACAUGGUCAAAUGGUCAUACUGAGGUCAAGCUUGACCGCGCUUUAGGGAACAUGGAGUGGAUGACUUCCUGGAAUUCAAUGGAUUGUUGCACACUUACAAAGGCUACGUCUGAUCAUUGUCCCAUUUUAGUGUCCUGCUCCAAGCUGGAUGCUAUCUCGAGACCACAUUUCAAGUUUCAAAGUUUGUGGUUGCAGACACCGGAUUUCUUGGCCCUAGUUCGAUCGUUCUGGAACAGUCUGCAUUAUCAUGGGUGCCCACAAUUUAUCCUAGCAGCUAAAUUACGGGCUCUAAAAGGCAUGCUAAAAUUAUGGAGCAAAGAACAGGUGGGAGAUGUACAUGCUCAGGUCACUCACUCAAAGGCAGCUUUAGAUGCGGUUCAAGCUGAAAUAUCCACUCAUGGUUUAUCUGAUGAACGACUCAAUGUAGAAAAUACAGCCCACAACAGUUAUUUAGCGGCCCUAUCUCUUCAAGCUACUCUCUUAAGGGACAAAUCUAGAAUACGUUGGCUAAAAGAUGGUGACAGGAACACAACUUUCCUUCAUAACAUGGUCAAGGUUCGGCGUCUUCAAAAUUCAAUUACAUCGUUGUUGGUUGAGGACAGGGUGCACAAUGAUCAGGCUGCUAUUGCUACACAUGCAGUACAACACUUUGAAAGUUGUUUCACUCACGAUCAUCAAAUAGGGGUCACUGGUCUAGUGGAAAGGGUCAUCCCUCAUAUGGUAACGGAGGAGGAGAACUCUUCUCUUCUUGUCACUCCUUCUGCUGAAGAAAUUAGAGAUGCCGUUAUGAAAAUGGAUGGCAAUAGCGCUCCUGGUCCUGAUGGUUUCGGAGGAUGUUUCUUCACUUCUUGUUGGUCUGUGGUAGCUCAUGAUGUAACUCGGGCAGUUCAGAGUUUUUUCAUUAAUGGUUACAUUAUGCCGCAUUUCAACUCCAACAUCCUCAUUUUAAUUCCUAAGCUUGAAGACGCUGAAAGCAUCUCAGACUUUCGUCCAAUUGCACUUGCUAACUUCGUGUUCAAGAUUAUCACAAGAAUUAUGGCUGAUAGGCUCGGUCCAAUAGCAUCUCGUAUCAUCUCCCCUAACCAAAGCGCCUUCAUUAGAGGACGGUCCAUUGUUGAUCCCAUUGUGCUGACCUCAGAAUGUGUGAACCUCCUUGACCAGAAAUGUAAGUAUGGGAAUUUAGCUAUUAAAUUUGACAUCAGCAAAGCCUUUGACACUUUGGACUGGAAUUUUCUUCUUCGUGUCCUCCGUGCCUUUGGGUUUGAUGCCACCUUCGUUAACUACAUUCACACUAUCUUGCAAUCUGCAUAUAUAUCUGUCAGUGUUAAUGGGCAGGUCAAUGGGUACUUUACAUGCUCCAGGGGUGUCCGUCAAGGUGAUCCUUUAUCUCCUUUACUGUUUUGCCUAGCAGAAGAAGUCCUAAGUCGUGGCCUUUCUUCUCUGGUUAAUAGAAGGAAGAUAAGGACAAUUGCAGCGCCAUCAAGUGUUUCCCCACCUUCCCAUGUGUUGUUUGCGGAUGAUAUUAUGGUAUUUCUUCAGGGUAAGCCUUCUCACCUAAGAAAUCUAAUGUCUUUUAUGGAUGAAUAUGCUGUGAAUUCUGGGCAGGUGGUCAACAAAGCCAAAUCAAACUUACUUUUGGGAAGAUAUGCUUUGCCAAGGCAGAACAGAACUUGUGGUUUACUUGGAAUACGACCAGGACAACUUCCCUUCACCUAUCUCGGUGUUCCCAUUUUUAUUGGGCAUCCGAAAUCUGUGCAUUUGGUUCCAAUUGCAGACAAAGUGAGGUGUAAGCUUAGCUCCUGGAAAGGCAAACAACUGUCGCAAGCAGGCAGACUGCAACUUAUAUCCUCCGUAAUUGAAAGCAUCUUGAUCUACAGCUUCCACAUCUAUGAAUGGCCAAAGUCCCUUCUUAACAAAGUACAAAGUUGGAUGAGAAACUUCUUUUGGAGGGGAGAUCCACUUAAGAACGGAUCUGCCCUUGUAGCCUGGAGUACGAUAUGCUUUCCAAAAUCUCAAGGAGGGUUGGGUUUAAAGGAUCUUUUUGCUUUGAAUAGAUCAUUGUUAUUAAAAAGAUGUUGGGAGAUGGCUUCAAAGGCUUCUACAUCAGCGAGGUUCCUUCAUGAUCGUUUUCUGCAAGUGGGUUUGCACCCUUGUUCGUCUUAUAAGAAAUCUGCCAUUUGGCUUGGUUUAAAAAAAUUAUGGCCAAGGCUUCUUGCAAGGGUGCAAUGGCUCUUGGGAGAUGGUUCUACAAUACGGUUUUGGAAAGAUAAUUGGUUAGGUGAGGCAGUAAUUCACUCCACAGACUAUGAGGAGGAAGUCAGGAAGCUCCUUAAUGACAAGGUUGGUGACUUCAUCUUGAAUGGUCAGUGGAACCUUCCCCCCAGCUUCUGCAGGGCCUUUCCCCAAGUUGCCCAAGUUAUCAAUGCAGUCCCAAUAUCGUCUGAUCUUGCCCCGGACCAACUGAUCUGGACUGAAACAUCAUCUGGCACUUUGUCGUCCAAGGAGGCAUACCAGGUGUUGUCUCCUCCCAUUCCAGCACCUCCUUGGUGUGCGCGGAUCUGGCAUCAGGCCAUCCAACCUCGAAAGAGCAUGGUGGCAUGGAAAACCCUUCUCAAUCGAGUUUCUACCGAUGAACGGCUUCAGCGUCGUGGUACUAGGCUCUGUUCAAGAUGUUAUCUUUGCCGAAGACACAGUGAAACUAUUGAUCAUCUAUUUCUUGAGUGUGUGGUUGCCGCGUCCUCUUGGGCUUGGCUCCAUCAAAUGUUCAGGCUUCUUAUCCCUCCAGGUACAUCCCUGCCUGACUUGUUUCUUGAUGCUACCCUCUCUAUGCUUAAUCAAUCUUCAAAAUUGCUAUGGUUUAUAUCUGUCUGCAACUUACUUUGGUGCCUGUGGAGUGAACGUAAUAAAAGAAAGUUUGAAGGUGGAGAGUGUUGCCCCUCUAGAUUCAAACAGUUCUUCCUACUGUCCAUAAAAGAAUCUGCAGGUUUAGCUUUUGUCUCCGCCUCUUCUCCCUCAAGUCAGAUUCCCAUCUUUGGCUACUUGGGCAUUUCACCUCUUCUUCCCUCGGCCCCCCGCUUCAUUCCAGUGAUUUGGCAAUCCCCCCCUAGAAGCUGGUUUAAAGCUAACUCUGAUGGUUCUUACCGGGAUCUUAACCAUGCUGGCUAUGGAGCGAUUUUCCGGAACUGCGAUGCGGCCUUCUUGGGUGCUUUUUCUUGCAAUGCUCAGGUCUCUUGUGCCAUAGAUGCAGAGUUAUUGGCUGUGAUUGAGACAAGGAAAAAUGGGUUCGAUCAGUUCUCAGAUGUAGAUGGUCUCAUAAUCAGUGGAGGAGGUCUAGGUGUAAUUGAUGGUAAGGGUUCCAAUUGGUGGAAAGCUUGCGACAAGUCAGACUGCGAUCGACCAGCGGCUCUUGAAAUUCGUAAAUGUGAUAAUCUCCGACUGAGUGGUGUGACACAUAUUAAUAGCGCAAAAGCCCAUAUAAAAUUCUAUGGGUGCAACGGAGUUCAAGUUUCUGGUCUGCUUAUUAACGCUCCUGAUGAAAGUCCGAACACAGAUGGGAUUCAGAUCAUUUCAUCAACUAAUGUUAACAUUGACAAUUCUGCUAUAGAAACUGGUGAUGACUGCAUUGCCAUCAGUAGUGGUUCUUCUCAGAUCCAAGUUAGUGGUGUUCGAUGUGGACCUGGCCAUGGUAUAAGCAUUGGAAGUCUUGGGAAAAAUGGAGCUGACGCCACAGUGGAAGACGUGAACGUGAGAAAUUGCACCUUAAGAGGAACACAAAAUGGACUACGUAUCAAGACAUGGCCAGGUGGAAGAGGUUAUGCUAGGAAUAUCACAUAUGAGGGAAUCCGACUUAUAGGGUCCAAGAACCCUAUCAUAAUAAACCAGCACUAUGUCGAUAAAGGCCUGUCCGGGCCAAAAGAAGCUGGCCGGAAAAGCUCAGUACAAGUGAGUAAUGUGACGUACCAUGGAGUGUUUGGAUCUUCUGCCAAUUAG